AUGCCAUUAAUAGUUUAUUUUGUUUUAGAGUUAUUUAAUGUCGUUUUAUGCAAAAUAAUGUUUGUUUUGUUUUGUUUUGCUUUCCACAUGGAAAAAACAUUAGAACUGUGUAUUGUAAAAGAUUUUAUCAUGUGUCUAUCCAAACACUAUCCCAUGUUCAACAAGUCAUAUUUUAAUUUUAACUACUUGGAGAGAGUUUCUAAAGUAACUAUUAACUACAGCUAUUCAGUGGUUACUUUUAGUGUCUUUGUGAUAUGCGAUGUUACAGUGUUUAUAAAUUAUCUAUAUCUUAUAUUUUCAAAGGAACCUCAGAAGUCUCACACCCUGAAUCAAAGUCUGUCACUCUAA